AUCGGCAGGCGGACUCUCAACCACUGCGCCACCAGGGAAGCCCUAACAUUUCUCAUUUUAAAGAGCUAUUGAUCUUAUUGCAGGUUUUUCUGUUUUUCAAGGCAGGGUUUUAAGUAAUCAUUUUGGGGUUUGUUUCUCAGUGAACCUGCUGCUUAAAAAUGCAUCAGAUCCGUUUAGAAGUGAUCUUGAGAACUUUUUCAAUCCAUAUGGAGCAUUGCUUGCAACAUUUUUUGCUUCACAUUUGAACAUACGUGUGUGUGUGUGUGUGUGUGUGGUGUAGCAGCAAGAGCAUGUUUUACAAAAAGAGAGCACUUUGGAAGUCACCUAGACUUCUGCUCUGGCCCGACGUAUUUUAGCCUGCCACUUUCAGCUCUUAAUGAUGAUUAAGCCCAUAAUGGUUUAACUUCAUAAAUUGAAAAUUAUGGUCCUUUUGAGUUAGUCAUUUUCAACCCUGAUGCAUAUUAAAUUUAGAAGAUAAUCCAAAGAUACCCAAGGGAUAUUCUCUGUCCAGCUGGAAGAAAUCGACCAGGCGGGGUGAGGUCUCUCUUGUUUUUUUUUGUUUUUGGCUGCGCCGCGCUGCUUGCGGGAUCUCAGUUCCCUGAUCAGGGAUUGAACCCAGACCACGGCAGCAAAAGCCCGGAAUCCUAACCAGUAGGCCACCAGGGCACUCCUGGGGGGUCUCUAUUUUUAAAUGCUCCCCGCUGCAGCCAGGGUGGCUAAGAGCGUUGUAGGCAAGGGGAAAUAAAAGGCUUUGAUUUUUCUGUAACUUUGAUGCUGUGGUUUGGUUUUCUGGGAGUGUGAACUGCAAAAUGGUCUAGUUACUGACUGGUACUGGAGGUAGAAGAAUCCCUGUGUGUUGUCAAAUGGUUUUUAAUGGAGUCUCAUCCCAUUUGAACUCUGCUAGAAAUGGAAGUAAAAAUGCCCUCUGCGGGGUCCAGAUGGCGGUUGGGGUACAGUGGCCAGUGUGGGCCUCCCACCCACACCCUUCUCUCGACCUCUCUGCCCAGACAGUGGGCUUCCUUCCAUUUACAAACUUAGAAUUCCUUAGGUGUAAGGAGACAGUCAAGUAAUGGUCAUUGCCACUUGUGCAAGCACUGCACUGGUGGACCUGUCCGGAAGAUUUAAUAUUUGCAAGAACUCCGCAUAUCGGGGUUUGUGGGAGGCAGGCCUUCCCCAGAGACCACCUGUCCUCAUCCCAGAACCCUUGAAAACCUGCUCUAUGUGGCCAAGGGGCUCCGCAGGUGAGUAAGGAAAGGGUGGUGAGAUGGGGCGAGUACCCUGGGUUGGCUGGGUGGGCCCCGUCUAGCCCGUUGCUUCUGAAAAGUGGAGAACUUUUCCCAGCUGGGCCAGAGAGAGGAACGUUGCUAAUUUCGAAGAUGGAGGAAGGCGGCCUCUAGAAACUGGAAAAGGCAAGGACAUAGAUUCUCCCCUGGAGCCGCCAAAGGAACCAGUCCUGGUGGUUUCCUAGCUUACAGAACUGUGAGAUGGUAAACUUGUGUUGCUUUAAGCCACUAAGUUUGGGGUAAUUCGUUUAGGGCCAUAAUGAAAAAGUAACACCUGAGUUAUUCUAGUGUUACAGCGAAGAUAAAGGCUGCAAGAGGCCUUGGGCGCGGCAAUUAGUAGAGCUGGGAAAACCCUGGUCAGGUGCUUCCAGCUUCAGAGCUCUGCUUUAAGGGCUGAGCACGCGCGGCGGCCCGUUUAAGAGCGGGGCGGGGCCUGCGGUUGCCUGGAGACCGGGAGGAUCAGGUCGCCGCGCCGCCUCCGUCUGGGAUUGGCGGAGUCCCACGGCGUCCCCAGCGAGGUGAGCUCCCCCGCGGGGUCCCGGGGGUCCCAGGCCGUGGUUGCGCCGCGACGGACAUGACCUUGCCUUGCACUCCGGGACUCACCUGUGCGUCCUGCUUGAUGCACCGGGAUGUCUUCAGUGGGGCCAGUUUGGGAAGGCCACAGAAACUGUGGCUUUGGAGCCCUGUGCCUCAGCUCUAAGACCUUGGGCAAAUAAUUAGCACAAGAUUUUUUGCUUGACCCUGGUAGUGCUGUCCUAGGAAGUAGGUAGCCGAUGAUUUCAAGUUCAAAAACAGGACAGUGAAAAAAUAAUCACUUCAUUAUUGAUUGUGCACACUGUCUGAUCCGUAGGGAUUUUGUGCAUCAUCUCAUCCUUAUAACCAGACAAAGGUGCUGUUAUUCCUGUUUGACAACUGAAGCAGAAGGACCUCAGGUAACAGCUGGGAAGGGGCAAUGCAGCUCCUGAGCACUUUGCCAUGCUGACACACGAAGAGACAGGCUUUUAAAGUAUGAACUGGUGGCAUGUAAGAUUUUAGAGGUUAAGUCGGUAUUUUUCACACACAGGAUUGCUCUUCUUACUGGAGCACUAUUUGAAAAGAAGUGGUAGAUGGUGGUUCCAAUUUUAAAAAUUUUAGGAAACAACCAAUGCAAUAUUGAAAUAAUAUUUUUAUAAACUGGUGAGACUCAAUACUUGUAAUUAAUUUUUCAGGCUGUAGGAAGAGAGUGAUAAUGACAUUGGGGUUGUAAAACGAGACAUAAUUUUUAUUUUUCAGGUAAAACUCAUCAACGCCUUGAAACAAACAGCUUUCAACCAAAGGAGUCAUUUGAUACUUACCUAUAUAAAGCAAACCUUAGGUCUUCUAAAGGCAAUGGUGAAAGAAAAGAAAAGAGCAGAUAAAAAAGGGGAUAAGUUGGCCUGCUCUCCCUCGUCUCUCUCCGAUUAUACAGAGUUUUCCAAACAAGAUGGCAAUGCUGCUAGGCAAGGUAUGUCCCCAGGUGCUGUGCCACCAUUGGACAUGCAGCUCAAAGAACCAGGACUCAAGAGAGAGUGCAAAAAUGAUGAUCUGCAGAAUGAAGAUACCACCCAGUAUGAAGAGCCCAUUCUGACCAAACUCAUAGUAGAAAGCUACGAAGGGGAAAAAGUCCGUGGACUGUAUGAGGGAGAAGGCUUUGCCAUCUUUCAAGGAGGCUGUACCUACCACGGUAUGUUUUCAGAAGGACUCAUGCAUGGACGGGGGACUUACGUCUGGGCUGAUGGAUUGAAAUAUGAGGGGGACUUUGUGAAAAACAUCCCCAUGAACCAUGGCGUCUACACGUGGCCGGAUGGCAGCACCUACGAAGGAGAAGUGGUCAACGGCAUAAGACACGGAUUCGGCAUGUUCAAGUCCAGCACGCAGCCCGUGUCCUACAUCGGCCACUGGUGCCACGGCAAGAGACACGGCAAGGGCUCCAUUUAUUACAAUCAAGAGGGCACCUCUUGGUACAAGGGAGACUGGGUGAACAACGUCAAAAAGGGCUGGGGGAUAAGGUGUUACAAAUCUGGAAAUAUAUAUGAAGGUCAGUGGGAGAACAAUGUGCGGCAUGGGGAAGGCAGGAUGAGGUGGCUGACAACUAACGAAGAGUACACGGGUCAGUGGGAGCAGGGGGCCCAGAAUGGUUUUGGCACACACACAUGGUUUCUAAAGAGAAUCCCCUACUCCCAGUAUCCUUUGAGAAAUGAAUAUGUAGGAGAGUUUGUGAAUGGAUACCGUCAUGGCCAUGGAAAGUUCUACUAUGCCAGUGGAGCCAUGUAUGAGGGAGAAUGGGUUGCCAAUAAAAAACAUGGCAUGGGCCGAUUAACUUUUAAGAAUGGGUGUGUGUAUGAUGGCCCAUUUUCCAAUGACCACAUAGCAGAGUUUCCAAAUCUUGAAGGUGAACUGAUCAGCUACCUGGACACGACUCCAGAAUCUGCCCUCAGGAACCAGUAUUGCAGAUCCUCCAUCAGUGCCGAAACCAUCAGAAAGCUUGAUGGCAGUGAAAGUAAUUCCAUGUUAGGCUCGAGCAUCGAGCUGGAUCUCAGUUUAUUGCUGAAAAUGUACCCGGAGAGAGACCAAUCAGAAGAAAAGAAGCAGGUAGAAUAUGCUGUCUUAAGAAAUAUUACAGAACUAAGAAGAAUCUAUAGCUUCUAUAGCAGCCUAGGAUGUGAUCACUCUCUGGAUAACACCUUUCUGAUGACAAAGCUUCACUUCUGGAGGUUUCUAAAAGACUGCAAAUUCCAUCAUCAUAAAAUAACCCUCGCCGAUAUGGACAGGGUACUAAGUGCCAAUAAGGACAUACCAGUUGAAGAAAUUCAUUCUCCAUUUACAACAAUACUUUUGAGAACAUUUUUGAAUUACCUCCUGCAGUUGGCGUACCACAUCCAUCACAAAGAAUACCAAGACAGAAGCCCAUCACUCUUUUUGUGUUUUACAAAACUGAUGAAUGAGAACAUUCGCCCAAAUGCCUGCCGUGUAAAAGGCAAUUUAUUCUGCGAGGCCCACCGGACACUCUAUUCAAUGAAUUACGUGGAUAAGUGCUGGGAGAUCUACACUGUUUACUGCAGACCAAAUGCAGCCCCUCCGCAUGAGCUCACAAUGGACAUGAGACACUUCCUCUGGAUGUUGAAGAGAUUUAAAAUGAUAAAUAAAGAAUUAACAGCAAGCAAAUUUGUGGAGGUCAUAGCAGAGGAUAAUCCUUUCAUGCAUGAUGGAAUUGACAGCAACUUUAAACUUGAGCUGGUUUUCCUGGAAUUCUUUGAAGCUCUGUUAAGCUUCGCACUCAUCUCUGUUACUAACCAAUCGACUAAAUUCUAUUUAAAUUUUCCAAAUGAUGACUCGUCUGGAAACAAAGCUGGAAGCACUUAUACAAUGAUAAAUCAGAACACCCAGAACAGGAGUCCAAGUGCUCUAAGAAGCCAGGAAUCUGAGGUGCAGGAUGGCAGCACUAACUCGUCUUCAAGCAAGUUAGGAGUCUUGCUUGACAUGAGCAAGAUAAGGCAAUCAGAGAAAAAGCCCAAGAUAAAGAAGUCUCUAAGUGAUGGAGAAACUUCCAAAAUGAACUUUAAAUCUCCAGGAAAGGAGCGAACCUUUCUUUUAUCUCAAAAUGAGGAAAAAGAAAAAUCCAAGGAUGAACAAAAGGAAAAAUUCAAUACAUGGAUCAGUAACAUGUACAUCUUUUUUGUGAACACUCUCUUCCAAGCACAUAAACACGAAGAAACCCUCAAGGAGAAAGUAAAGGAAAACAGGCUACAUAAUGAAGCGAUGGCCCUUCAGAGGAAGGUGGAGAAUGAGGAGCUGGAGGCGAGGCUGAACAGCUUGAGAGAGGAAGAGACCAAAAGGCAAGACUAUGAGGUCGCCAUCACUGUGAUCAAGGAACCAGUGGAUGCCACAUCCUUGAAUUUCAUGCCGAGCCUCCUGAAAGACGACACAGUGGUGUCCCAGUCCAGCAAAUCCAUUGCAAGUAAGAAAAAGAAAAAGUAGACAUCACUGGGUUUGUAAAUGAGCCAUGAGAACAAGCAGGUGUGAAGGGAAUUUAGAACCAAAGCCUGUAACAAAUUUCCUACCCAAUAAAAUUACUUGUGUUUUA